AUGUCAACAGAAAUGGAAGUCGACGUCCCGCAAGAGGAGGUCCCUCAGGGACAAUCUGGCGGCGGAGGUUCCGAUCCUCGAACACAGGCGGGAGCCGUUGCAGUGCGCAGUAUUGAAGGAUGGAUUAUCAUCGCAACCAAUAUUCACGAAGAGGCCUCCGAGGAAGAUGUCACCGAUCUUUUCGCUGAAUAUGGAGAAAUCAAGAAUUUCAGCCUGAAUCUGGAUCGCCGCACGGGUUAUGUCAAGGGCUACGCAUUGAUUGAAUAUUCUACCCUCCCCGAGGCAUCUGACGCCAUCAAAGCCCUAAACGGAGCCAAACUGCUCGACCAGACAAUCCACGUCGACUAUGCGUUUGUACGGCCUCCUCCUUCCAACAAGGGCAAAGGCGGACCAUCAAAAGGCGGCCGCGGUGGACGAGGUCGUAGCAGGAGCCGCGACAGAAGUCGCAGCCCGGAAACUGAUAACGCAAGAGAUUAA